AUGUCUGGCGAAGCGUGGUUAUACCUCCUCGCCGUCCUCAUAAAUGCCGUCAACCUGUUCCUCCAAGUCUUCUUCACCAUCAUGUACAGCGAUCUGGAAUGCGACUACAUCAACCCCAUUGACCUCUGCAACCGCCUCAACACCUACAUCAUCCCCGAAGCCGCUGUCCACGGAUUCCUGACGUUCUUGUUCCUGAUUAACGGCUACUGGGUGCCGCUGAUCCUGAACCUGCCGCUGCUUGCCUACAACAUCAAGAAGAUUGUUGACAACACCCACUUGCUGGAUGCCACCGAGAUCUUCCGCAAGCUGAACGUCCACAAGAAGGAGUCCUUCGUGAAGCUCGGCUUCCAUCUCGUCAUGUUCUUCUUCUACCUCUACAGCAUGAUCGUCGCCCUCAUUCGCGACGAGGCUCACUAG